CCCGUAGAGCAGUGUUCAUCAGUCUUAAUACAACAAGGAUGUUGGUAGGAUCAACUAGCCGUGUCGUAGCCGGAAGGAAGGCUCUCCAGAUGGUCUACUGGAGGACUUCCAAGAAGAACGGAGAGAUGAUUAAGACGGAGAAGAACAUGGUAUAUGGCCAGGACACUCCAACCCCUAGCAUGGAAUCCGUCAACAGACCCAUCUGGGUUACAACGAACAGGAGAAUUAACGUUGUGGAAUAAAUUACUGCGACUUCUUGAAAUCUCGAAUGGAAACUAUGAACUCAAUUGAAAUUCUUCAUUUAAUAUAAGAUAAGAAGGAAAUAGAUAAAAAAAAAAAAUGUAUAAUUUGUAAAUAUAAUUUUGUAUAUUUUUAUUAUUUAAUAUAUUAAUGUUAUUUGACUCUUCUAAUUAGUUUUAUUUCUAACGCUUUUAUUUAUUUUGUUGUUUAAGAUUCUUUCCCAUUUACAAAAUAAUAAUCCUUGGUGAUUUAACUUUUUUAAUAAGCAUUAUAAAAUUAAUUCAAGAUUGAAAGGAACCAUGAAAUAAAUGAAAUUACCACAAAGAAGUUUGAUGUUCUGAGCCGAACCUGAAAUUUCAACAACGCAAAUAAAGUUAUAAAAAGAAGAUAGUGUGCUUAUAUUUGACUAUAUAUAUAAUUGAUGAAUUAGUAUAGUGUUAGCAAUUACGAAUUCCAUGGAUACAUUUGCUAAGAACCUUCUGGUUUGGUAUUAAUAAUGUAAGUCUAAUGAGUUUAACACAAAACAAAACAUGAGUAC